UGUGUAUUUAUAAAUGGCAUUACUGAAUUAGAUUAGAUAAAUAGAGGGUAGAGAAAGAAAAUUAUGGGAUCCGAGGAAGAGAAAGAGCCAAGCUACACACCGAAGCUACCGCUGUUUUGAGCUUCACAUGCACACAUGCAGUCGCCGCAAAGAUCGGGGAUGUUAACCCCACCACUACACGCCUCGGCCUCGGUCCCAUUUCGCUGGGAAGAGGAACCAGGGAAGCCCAAACCAUCUACCGCACUCACCAGUUUUACUACCCCAAAUGACUCUGCUCCAAAGUGUCUGGAACUCCCUCCUAGGUUGCUACUAGAUGCCAAGAUUGCCAAACUGUCCUCACCCACCACAGUCUUGGAAGGUCCCUACACGGGCAGGCCUAGGUUUCAGUCUUCUUCUUUCAGAAUGGGAAGUGAGUGUUAUGGAUCAUUUCGUGCUAGUCCUGAGACGCUGCAGCUUGGGUCUAUGGUUCUUGGCAAGAGAGGGUACAAAGAGAAAGGGUUUCUUGGUUUUUGGAGGGGAAGGUCCUUGAAGGCUAGACCUAGAAGAGAAGUUAGCGGGAACAGUUGCGUUAGGGAUAGUGAAUGCAGCAGAGACGGAGACAGAGACAGAGACAGCAGUGGCACCACCAGUGUUAAUAUCACAACAAUUAGAAGGAUUGGUAGCUUUCCCAGUCUCUCCAGUUCCAAGUCCCACUUCUGGGAAAGUAUCUAUGAAGGCUUAAUGCAAGUGGUCCCAUGGACUAAAAAGGGUAAAAAGGAUGGCUGACUUUUCCCUCUAGGCAAACGCUACUAUAUGAUUACAAACAGGGGAUAAAUUACAUGCACUGCACUGCUGGCCAGGCCGCUGUUUCCAGUCCAUCCGAGGCAGUUGAUGGAAAUGAGUGAUCGAAGCCCAUUACUAUUUUUGUUUCUUCUCUAGAUGUGGGGCUAUUUUCAGCUAACCUUUUUUUCGGAUGCCAUCUUUAUCGUUUGGAUAUAUAUCGAUGUGGAAGUUGGCAAAUCCAGUUGGUAGCAGCAAUAUAUGUAUAAAGUGGCCAUCAUUAUCAUACCCUCCGCAGCAGGGACUUGGAACGAUGUGUAAAUUAUGGCUUAGCUCUUGCCAGUCUUAUAUUUACGAUUUACUACUAGCUGUAGUUUGUUCUCGUCUCAUCAAUGCCUUCUGUUGUGUCUUUAUUUAAGAUAGCUGCAGCCUGACAGACGAUUCACUGAUUUUGGGAUUACGUAGACAGUAGGGGAACUUCAACACCCAUAGCAAGGUUUUGUUGCAUCCAUCCAGGCAAAGAAAUGAACCAAACAUUGCCCAUAAGAUGGAGAGAGGUUUUGUAACUCAAUAAGUUGCCCAAGUUUCAUGUCCAGCUUUAUUUUUACAGCUGCCUUUAAUAAACUAUUUAAAUGUUAGUAGCAGUUUAAAAUA